AUGUCUAUUCGCGUUCUUCUCCGCGAAUAUCCCCACCGCUCAAUUGCUCUUGUGACGCCUACCCACACUCUCAUCUUUCGCCAUUCUCCAUCCACAAACGAUUCUUUGACCAAUGGGUCACUCAACCCGAUUUAUCCAGUAUAUCCCCGUGUAUCUGUCGAUGGAGUUACAGUUCCUAAGUGCAUGGUAGAGUUCGCAGAUGUCUCUUCUGUUGAUCUCAGCGAUUACCGGACUUUGAGUCCUAUGCCCGUCCACGGUACACUCGGAUUGAUCACUGUCAGCAAUGAUAUAUUCCUUUGCGUGAUAACAGGCACGACAAGAGUGGCACAGGUGAGGCCUGGAGAGACGGUUGAAAAGAUUCUAGGGGUAGAAUUCCAUUGUUUGAACAAUGCCGAGUACGACAAUACCUUCACGGACAAUUUGGAUCCUUACAAUGUUGAAGAUUCAUAUGGCCAGAACUUGAGCCGACGGGAUCCAAUAGUAGAACACCCCUGCAUUGAGCUGCAGAAGUUGCUGGGCAAUGGAAGCUUCUAUUAUAGCACAAACUUUGAUCUCACGAAUCGACUACAAGACCGAUCUACAGAUGCAACAACGAAUGAUGUUGAGAGUUUCGACGACUCAUUCCUAUGGAACUCUUAUAUGAUUGGUCCCUUGGGGAAAUUUCGAUCUCGUCUUGCGCUACAUGAAAGAGAGGCUUUAGACAAGUCUGGAAUCCUUACAUCUGCAAUUCGUGGCUUUGUCCUCACAAUCACUAUACCUCCGGCUUCUGAUCCUUUAAGAACUUCGAAAUCAGGCCUUCCAUCAUCUCUCACUUUGAUAUCUCGAUUAUCUUGUCGACGAGCCGGAACGAGAUUUAAUAGUCGAGGAAUCGACGAUGAUGGAAAUGUGGCAAACUUCGUUGAAUCAGAAACAGUAUACUGGAGUCCCUCAGCCAAUGUACAAUAUUCAUCGGAACAAGCGGGGGAGAAACCAGCUAGUGUCUGUUUCUCAUACGCCCAAAUAAGAGGAAGUGUCCCAAUAUUUUUCGAGCAGGCCCCUGGUUUGAUUCCAGGUCAACAAAAGAUCAGUGUAACCAGAUCUCCCGAGGGCACUCAACCAGCCUUUGACAAACAUUUUGAAGAAUUAGAGCGAAACUACGGCGCAGUUCAUGUAGUCAAUCUGCUUAGUGAAACGAAACCAGGUGAAGCUGAAAUCACUAGAUCUUACCAAUAUGGAAUCCGCCAUUCGUCAUUAAACAAAACAGAAGAGAAAAAUUACAAAGACCAUCAACUGCUAAGGGUCACAGAAUAUGAUUUUCACGCCGAGACGAAGGGCCCUCAAGGGUAUGAGGCAGCUAGUAUGAUUCGAAGAAUCAUUGAGAACUCAGCAGAUGGUUUUGCAUAUUAUUUGUCCGAAGAUAUUGAAGAUACUGAAGAUAGUCCUGCAAUACAAACCCGAAGAACAGUUGUCGUAUUACAACAAGAGGGUGUAUUUAGAACCAAUUGUCUCGAUUGCUUGGAUAGGACAAAUCUUAUUCAGACCAUCAUAUCGCAAAUGGCAAUAGAGUCGUUUCUCGUGCAUAGGGGAGCUAGAGGUACUUCAGAUUUCUGGAUGCGUCAUUCAACCAUGUGGGCUGAUAAUGGUGAUGCUCUUUCAAAAAUUUAUGCAGGCACAGGAGCUCUGAAGUCGUCAUUUACGAGACAUGGCAAGAUGUCAAUCGCUGGCGCAAUUGCUGAUGCACGGAAGAGUGCUACCCGAUUAUAUAUAAACAAUUUUGCGGACAAGGGACGACAGAAUACUAUUGAUGUGCUCUUGGGUAGACUUGUGGGACAAGUGCCUGUGCAUUUGUUCGAUCCUAUUAAUGACUACGUGACGGCUGAGCUUAAUAAGCGUAGCUCAGAGUUCCAAUCUUCUGAGAUGAUAAAUAUAUGGGCUGGGAGUUUCAAUCUUAAUGGACGUACAAACGGUAUAGAAGAAGAUUUGUCAGGAUGGUUAUGUCCUGAGCUUGAGAAGUCACAGCAACAGCCCGAAAUAGUAGUGGUCGGUUUCCAAGAAAUAGUGGAACUUAGCCCUCAACAAAUUAUGAAUAGUGAUCCAACAAGAAAGCAAGCAUGGGAAAAGGCCGUGCGAAAAACUUUGAAUAGACAUGCUCGUGCAGCUGGUUCAGAUCACUAUGUACUUCUUCGAAGUGGCCAGCUUGUUGGGGCUGCUCUGUGUGUCUUUGUAAGAGCUUCUGUUCUCCCUAAUAUUAAGAAUGUCGAAGGUAGUGUCAAAAAGACUGGGAUGUCCGGGAUGGCUGGCAAUAAAGGCGCUGUUUCGAUUCGCAUGGAUUAUGCAGAUACUCAGAUUUGCUUUGUAACAGCGCAUCUAGCUGCUGGAUUUAGUAAUUACGAGGAACGGAAUAGGGAUUAUCAUACCAUUCAUCACGGAUUGAGAUUUCAAAGGAAUCGAGGUAUUGAUGAUCACGAUACGGUUAUUUGGAUGGGAGACUUCAAUUAUCGCAUUGGACUUGGACCCGAGCGGGUCAAGCAACUUAUAAAAAUGGGUGACUUGGAGACUCUAUACGAAAACGAUCAGCUAAACCUCCAAAUGGUAGCUGGUCUAACAUUCCAAUACUAUUCUGAGUCAAGAAUUACCUUCAUGCCGACGUACAAAUUUGACGUAGGUGAAGAUACUUACGAUACUAGUGAAAAGGCCAGAAUUCCUGCCUGGACCGACCGAAUCCUCCGCAAAGGUAGUAAUCUGCGCCAAAUAAAUUACAACGCCGCGCCCCUUCGCUUCUCUGACCACAGGCCUGUCUAUGCAACCUUUCAAUGCACUGUGAGCAUCAUCGAUGAAUCUGUCCGUGAUUCUCUCAGCAGAAGUAUUUACGACAGAAGGAGAGAGGAAAUUGGCGGUGCGACGGCUAGUUCAAAAAUGGAUGGAACGGAUGACGAGGAUUUGAUUGGAUUUGAGAGCAUCGAACCCGGUUUACCACCAGCAAGCUCGGAUCAGAGGAAGUGGUGGCUUGAUGGAGGAAAGCUCGCGAAAAGUCAUGUCCAACCGCCAAGCAAUUUGAAGGACGCGGUAUUAAAUCCAAAGAGGCCGAGUAAUCCAUGGACUUUGAGCGAUGAACCUGACUGGGUCAAUGUGCCAAGACCGGGCAUGUCUUCGCGAAAUAAUUCACAGCAAAUGCCCCCACAGACUCCUAUGACAAGGAAUGGCACGGUACCACGAAAGCUUCCGCCGCCUUUUGACCCUUCGGCUCUCCCGAGCUCCCAACACCGACUUGGAAAUCCAACUACAAACAAUUCAUCAACUCCAAGCCUGCCAACAAAAACAGUACUUCCUCCACCACAAAUAUUAGCGAGCAAUUCUAUGACUCCAGGCCCGGCCACAACAACGAAAUCAGUCCUUCCUCCACCACAACUCACACGCCGUGCAUCUACCGAAACAACACGCUCCUCAUACAAGAAAGCCCCACCUCUUCCGAGAAAACCUGUACAUUUAGCUUCUACUUCUGUUUCACCUACACUUUCGACUACUUCGUUGGCUUCAAGAUCGAAAGAAAGCCCAGCCCCGGUAUCGGGAGAGUAUAGAGAUUUCUCACCGCCUGUCAGAAGAGCGACUUCUGGUUUAGAUAAAAGCAAUCUAGGACCACCCCCACCGCCGCAAUCUCGAAGACCAGGAAGAACGGCGGAUGAUGAGGGACCGAAGCCAGAGUUGCCAAAGAGACCCGCAGAUUUGUUGGGCGAUAGUGAUGAUAUGGGGGGAUGGGAGACCUUGAAACCAUCUAGAUGA